UUCUGGGAUAUCAGCCUCGAUUCAGCUGUACCAUUAACAGCCCACCUCUCCCAUCACUAAAGCUUUCGAGGGGCUUAUCAAAGCUGCUCUCCUGCCAUUGGCUCAGUGGGCUGAAGGUGGGGUUUGGGUCCGCGCCGUCAAGAAGCCGAUAGCGACGAGGUGGCGAGCCUGAGUUUGGACAACGACAAAACGGCCAAAACUGGGAGAAGCCCGACCAGCUGCUGCUUUAAUAGAGAAGGAAAAAAAUGAGGAAACACACCGGCCAUGUCUGAAGCCGAGUUUAGAGAGUGCGCGCGCCCCGCCCACCCCCUCACCGUGGCCGCGAGCGCGCCGCGUUACCUGAAGCCGUAAGAGCGACGGGAACAAAAGCGGAGCGCGAGGAGGCAGCAACAAGAGGGAGAGGAAUGCGCGCGCCGCUCUCGCGUGCCCCCCAAGACGCGCCACGCGCAGCGUUAUGAGGCGCGAUGGCCCGGUGCGACCGCGCGCUCCAGACGCUGCUGGCCACGGCGGGCGCGUUCGUGGCGUUUAGCCUCAUGAGCAUCGCCGUGGGCACGGACUACUGGCUGUACUCUCGCGCGCACAUCUGCAACGCGACCAACAUCACGACGGACGAGACGCAGACGCAGGCGAGGAAGAGCCGCGGCGACCUGACGCACUCCGGGCUCUGGAGGAUCUGCUGUAUAGAAGGCCUCAACAAAGGAAGCUGCUACCGUAUUAAUCACUUUCCAGAUGACAAUGACUACGACACUGACAGCUCAGAGUACCUCUUACGUAUAGUUCGUGCCUCCAGUGUGUUCCCCAUUCUCAGUACCAUUCUGCUGCUGCUGGGGGGACUGUGUGUGGGGGUGGGACGCAUCUACAGCAAGAGGAACAACAUUCUGCUUAGUGCAGGCAUCUUGUUUGUGGCAGCAGGUCUGAGCAACAUCAUUGGCAUCAUCGUCUACAUCUCCAGCAAUGCCGGUGACCCCAGCGACAAACGCGACGAGGACAAGAAGAACCAGUACAAUUACGGCUGGUCCUUCUACUUCGGAGCGCUUUCCUUCAUCGUGGCUGAGGCGGUGGCCGUCCUAGCUGUGAACAUCUACAUUGAGAAGAACAAAGAAGUGCGCUUCAAGGCACGUCGGGAGUUCAUCAAGUCUACCUCGUCCUCCUCUCCAUAUUCACGCAUGCCUAGUUUCCGCUACCGGCGGCGGCACUCACGAUCCAGCUCUCGCUCCACAGAGGCAUCCCGUGAGGCCUCUCCGGUCGGCCUGAAGAUGGUCAGCUCCGUGCCUCUGGGGGAGAUCAACAUGUACACACUGUCCAGAGACCCGCUCAAGUCAGGCACGGACAGCUCCUACAGCCCUGAACAUGACUCCGGAUUUCUACAGGUGCACAACUGUUUCCCUAAAGACUUGAAUGAUUCCGUCAACAGGAGGACAACGCCAGUAUGAGACACCUACUUAACAGGAAUGUUUUAGAAGUACAGUGUACAAUGGCCCUAUAAAACAGUUACCAAGACCUGACAGCUUAAUCACAUAGUCGAAGAACCACUUCUUUGGUUAUGACGAUGAACAAACUACCUAAUACAAGGGAAUUUGAAUGGGCUUAAAGAUUUUAUUCCUUAAAUUCCACCCCUGGACUACUGUUUUGGUUCAGCGUUUCCUCCUAGAGUGUUACUGAGAAAUGAUCUGAGAGACUGGCACAGCUACAAGAUACAUCUAUAUAGCCAAAUCCAUACAAUUUGCAGAACCCCAUGGACAAUUUACUCCAGACCAUUCUAAUGUAUGUGGACUUUCAGUGAACCAAUAUAUUUUCAUUUACAAUUCAUUCUCCAAACGAGACAUAUUUAAAAUUCUAAACUCCUCUCAGUACACACCAUUUAAACAUGACUACCCAAAUAUAAAAAUGGUGCUAAAGGAAGUAGUCUAAUAGCUCAAGCCUUUCUCUUCUUGUGUAUUUUGUACAUACUUAAUUUGAACCCUGUAUGCCUUUUUGUGUCAUAUGUUUAUAGCCACAGCUGUCUUAUCCUGUUCUGUGUGCCUGUUCUGCUUAUCAGUAUCAACAGUGCUGGUUGACCUAAACUGUAGGUACUGAUUGCAGAGAAUACUGUGUUUGGUUCUUUUACUGUUGUGAAACUAGAAAUCACAUAGAGUUUUGAGAAUCAAGGGGGCAGUAGACCUGUCUGUGCUCCACCCACAAAUAUGUUCUUCUGUAGUCGCUCUGAGGGAGAAUGGACAAGCUUUACAAUGUUGGUUGUCACACAAGUCAGUCAUACUAGCCCACUACAACAAUUUUUUAGUCGUAAUCAUGACAUUUCCCGUUUAAAAUGCAAGCUGAAAUGUGCUGUUGUAGCUACUGUAGAAUAAAGUUGGAAAGGUUGGAAAGGUAAUUAGCUCAGUUAGAUGAAAAAACUACACAGAUCUAUCUUAAAGCUACACUGUUCUUCUGACCCAUUUCUCAAGCAGAUCUUUGCAUUUGAGAGCUAAACAUCGAGCUGGACCUUGUCUGUGAGGCUGUGCAAGUGAUAUUAAUGAUGUCCAAUCUAAUGCCUCUGGCUUUUAAAUGAAUAAUUCGAGCUUUACAAGGUGAUUUACAGCAGCACACAGAUACCAUAUUUAAGGUGACAUGACAAAGGCAACUUAUUGUUCUUUAUUAAUUUAUGUUUUUGUACCAUUCUAUAGGCCACAAUUCUUGAGCUAGAACCACAAAAUUUUGAGCCUGUACCGCUUUUGUGACUGAUUCCACGUGUAGUUUUCAAACAUUCAUUCAAACACAAAUUUUUCCCAAUAGGAAAUGAAUACAAUUUAAAUCUAACUGCCACAAGUCUAAUCUCUUACACUGUCCCUCAAAGACAUUACAUAGAGACAUACAUGGGAUAAAAUCUGGUAUACCAUAGCAAUGGCCUAGCAACACCUUGGCAAGCAACUAAGAUAAUAUAGCAACACCUCAGUAACAGCCUGUAAUUUCAUAGCAAUGGCUUUGUCAAGCCAGCUUAAAGUUUGUUCUUGAACUUUCCCCUUAUGGUUUACUGUUUCUUCCUCCUGACUCAGAAGUAGUACUUAUUUUAAUUUAAAUAAAAAAAAAACUUACAUAGGGCAGCUUUAAGUGUGAUCAUUCAACUGUAUACAGAAUACUACAUAAUAAUAAUAAUCACAAAAACUUGUGAACUACAGUUGAUCAUUAGGUUGAAAUAGAUUUCCACCAGCAUUUUGUGAUGCUUGUCCAAUCUUGCAGCAUGAAAGAACACAUUUGUAGGUGGAGCAUGGGCAGGUCAGGGAAAAUUUAGUGGUAUAGCCAAUGAAGGUUUACAAUAUUAUUUUUUUUCCUUCAGUUUUGACAAUGAUAACGUGUCAUCAGCUGUCAGUAGAAAACCAGCCAGUAUCAUUUUUUGUCAUAGUGAAUGGGUUGAAGAUUAAUGUUAUUCCUCUGCCAUCGCUGUCACUUAGCACCAAGGACUAAAACGUCAACAUUCCACUAAAAAGUGGGUGAAUCUUGACACUUCCUCCACCCCCACCCCCCAUGAAUGUGAAUGAUGGCCGUGCUGCUGCUCCAUGCUACAGCAGCCCUGUGUAAAUCUGAAUGCUGUGUGCCACCGGGACUGUGACAUUGUGCAAGUCUGCAGAUAAAUGGAGGGCUUAGAAAUGUCAGACAUCCAAAAAUGAAAGAGCCUUUUUUCUUUUCUUUCUUUUUUUUUUUUUUAUAUUAAAGCCCGUCAGCACCGAGAAGCAUUUCAGUGGUAAGGCCUAUUUGCUGAUAACAAUCAAGGACAAAGAAGAAUGAAAGACUGUCAGUGUCGCAUCAAUGUGGGCAAACCAGCUGUUCAGAAGACCAUCCGUGUCUUAGCUUUUCAAAGCCUUAUGCUUGGAAUUCCCACCAAAUCAGCAUGCCAGCCAGCCACAUACUUUGUCACUGUUUAUUUUUUCACUAUAGCAGGGUCUCUCUGGUUCCAGGAGGUUCUUAAUUUCUCGUUCUCAUCUAUUAGAAUUCUGUUAUCUGUCAGAGCGGUGAGAGAAUGCCGUACAAUUUUUGGUCAGAUGCCUAUUGAAGUGGUUCCUUAUGCACUCUUAACAACAAAGGAUCCUAAAUGAUUAUCGCCAUGCACGCAUGGUUCUAAAAGAAACUAGUAGGACAAAACCUGUACAUUAAGGUUCUUUCAACACUUACAAGUCUCAUUUAAAGAAUGGUUCUUUAAAGAAUAUAUUCAUUUAGGAAAACAGAAGUGACUCUGCUCCAAAGAACCUGUUUUGGAACCUUUAUUUUUAAGAAUGUGGAACAAAGGAUCUCAAUUACUUGUACAUAUAUGGAAGAUGCUGGGUUACAUAGCAUAUACAGCUGCAUUCACUUAGUAAAUCCAUUUUUUACAUGAGCUUAGAGCCAUGCCUCCGUAUAGCAUGGUGUAUGGUAGGUAGUCUUGAAUAUUGACGUUUUCUAUGAUCCACUGACUGUGUGUGUGCUUUAGAUAUUAUUUACAGAGUGGCUUCAAAGCCUUUCUCUAUGGUGACAUAAUCACUAUUACCUACCUGUAACGCUCUUCGUCUUUCUCAAGGAAGACAUGCUACCCUCCUCAACUUCUCUUUAUUUGCUGAUGUUGUUGUUCUCAGUAUUACUCUCUCACCAACAAUGUCACCAUAUUGUUGCUCACUUGAAUAAAUGAAGUCAGGGCAAA